AUGGGUUUUUUCUCGUCCAGGAAAGCCGAAGACAACGAGAACUAUGUCAUUGCAACCACCGGCGGCACAGGUGACAAGUCUGUCGUUCAUGUUAUUCGUUCAAGAUUCUACGGUCGGAAGGGCAAAGAACGCGAAGAAGAACCACCGACAUAUCUUUCACCUGACGCCUCCGUGGCUCAGACCCCCGCGACUAGCGCCUCCCCCUCCGCUCCACGAACUAGUACUUCAAACAGGUCAGCGGGUCCUAGCGUACUACGUAACCAAAAUGAUCACUCCCUGCCGUCAACCCCCUCAAAGAAGAAGCCGUCACCAUUGUCUUCCCCCAUCACCACAACCCGAGUCCGAGAUGACGCCCAUCUCAAAGCUACGAGCGCCGUUCCUCGAAAAACGACAGAUACGGUUACGGUUACGUUGGCGGAGCGACUCAACGAGCUGGCCGUUGCGAAUUCAGAGGGUCUGUUAAACGACGAUGAAUAUCGCUUAUUGCGUCAAAAUUUAUUCGAGAGGUUCGCGACUAGCACUGCAGUCCCAACAGAAAACCCAGUCGUUCCAGCUGCUCGCCCCCGACCCAAUAAGACUGGGGCUUCACCGGAUGGACAGGUUCCGUCUCGUCCUCUGUCAAAUUUUCACAUAGACGUUCCACGACCGACUUCGAUCCAUUCAAGGAAUUCCAUGGCAUCUGGAGUAGCUGAUCUCUUUCGUCGCGCUACAGGUAGAACAGCGUCGUCUGGUACGAAAGAAAUUAGCGACACCUCCAGUGUAUGGUCAGCCACAUCCACUGCCUCCAAUAUAUUCAAGCUACCGCGCGUUCUCUCAAGAAAAGGGAGCGUUUCCUCCGUGCGAACGGACACCUCGCGCGCUCAAGUUGACACCAUCUCUAUAUCUUCCCGCAGAGGAGGGCACGCCAGCUCGAGUCAAGGCCAUUCAGACACAUCCCAUUUUUCUCCAACCUCGCGGUCUACGGCUGCAAGCAUCAGGCGAAUGGCCACUCCACCUUCUUCCUUCCCUGGACGGAUCAUAGGGCAGGAGCCUAAAAUUUCAAGAAAUAUUUAUAACGUGUUCGACGAAGAUAAUCUCAAGACUUCCCAAGAAAUAAAGGACGAGAUAAUGGCAGUCGAAGCUGAAGCAAAGCGGCUUAUGGAUGCUUUCAGUGGGCUGGAGUUGACAACGUUGACAAAGAACCAGCGACACCACAUUCGUCCUACUCUAAGGUCAUCAGAAUGGGGCAAAGGAAGUACCGGAGAGUCUAAUUGGACGGGUUCGAAUGGGAGGUCUCGCAUUGACCUUCUCGAUAAUGAUGGUCUUUCCGUUCAAUCGGGUACAUCUGGAGGUACCUCCCCCUCAUUUGAUCCUUCCUCCAUGUCGCGGUCUGCGUAUUCCGUCCGCAAAGCUGGCCGACUUAAGGCUACCCCCAACCAAUUGUUGUCCAUGAGUUCAAAAUCGAGACCAAGUUCGUUGCGUCGCGAGAACUCAUCUUCGAGCGUCACGUCUAUGGAAAAAAGGGGUGGCAGAGUUGUGAAACCUCCACCAGUGCCUGUCUUGCCUAUGAUGCAUCUACACUCAGCAAGCCGUUCCAAUGUUAGCCUUGCCGCCAGGAGUAGUGUAGGGUAUCUUCCGAUUAUGCCUGAGGAGGAUAAAUCCAUGUCCGGCACAGAUACCUUGAGACUGGAACAGGACGAGGACGACGAAAUGGAGGACAUUCGACGGCGUCGAGAGGAGGUCAGCGUUCGAUACGAGGCACGUUUGGAGUACUUGCGAGCCAAGCUGAAGGGCGCGCAGUUGCACGAGAAGCUCUUGAGGAAGUAG